UUUUAUAAUUACUUUGUUAUAUUUCAGCUAUAUCUUCUCAAGUCUCCCAGGGUUUGUUGCCAAAGUCAGGUGUAGAAGUGUCAUUCCAGAAAAUGUUACAGAGUACAUAUAAUGAAGAGAGAAGUCACCAAUGCAAUGAAUCUCAGAAAAACUUUAACCAAGGGUCAAAAUCUAAUAACCAUCAAAGAGCUCAGCUUCCACAGAACAAGUAUAAAUGGCCUAAAGUCUUUGAAAGAAGGUCAAAUAUUUUGAUACCUCAGAGUAUUCAUACUGUAGAGAAGACAGAAAGUUUUAGUGAAUGUGCCAAGUCUUCCAACCAAUCAUCAAAUCUUACUGAACAUAAAAGUACUCAUAUUGAGGAGGAGUCUCUCCCGUGUAAUCACUACCUGAAAGUGUUUAGUCAGUCCUCUAAGUUAAAUAGACAUAAGGAAAUCCAUACUGCAGAGAAGCCUUACAAAUGCAAAGAAUGUGAUAAAGCCUUUAAGUGGCAGGCAAAUGUUAUUUUACAUCAGAGAAUUCAUACUGGAGAGAAGCCUUAUAAAUGUGGAGAAUGUGGCAAAGCUUUUAUCCAGAGCUCACAUCUUACUCGGCAUCAGAUCAUUCAUUCUGGAGAGAAGCCUUAUAAAUGCAGAGAAUGUGGCAAAACUUUUAUCCAGAGCUCACAUCUUACUCGGCAUCAGAUCAUUCAUUCUGGAGAGAAGCCUUAUAAAUGUACUGAAUGUGGCAAAGCUUUUAGCCACUGUUCAAACCUUAGCCAUCAUCAGAGAAUUCAUACUGGACUAAAGCCUUAUAAAUGUAGAGAAUGUGGUAAAACCUUUAUCCGGAGCUCAAAUCUUACUCAACAUCAGAGGAUUCAUUCUGGAGAGAAGCCUUAUACAUGUAGAGAAUGUGGCAAAGCCUUUACCCAGGGCUCACAACUUGCUAAACAUCAGAAAAUUCAUUCUGGAGAGAAGCCAUAUAAAUGUGGAGAAUGUGGCAAAGCCUUUACCCGGGGCUCACAUCUUACUCAACAUCAGAAUAUUCAUUCUGGAGAGACGCCAUAUAAAUGUGGAGAAUGUGGCAAAGCCUUUCGCUGGUAUUCAGCCUUUUCCAAACAUCAAAGAAUGCAUACUGGAGAGAAGCCUUAUGAAUGUAGAGAAUGUGGCAAAACCUUUACCCGGAACUCAAAUCUUACUCAACAUCAGAGAAUUCAUUCUGGCGAGAAGCCUUAUAUAUGUAGAGAAUGUGGCAAAGCCUUUAUCGAGAGCUCACAACUUGCUAAACAUCAGAAAAUUCAUUGUGGGGAAAAGCCCUAUAAAUGUAGAGAAUGUGGCAAAGCCUUUACCCGGGGCUCACAUCUUAUUCAACAUCAGAAUAUUCAUUCUGGAUUGAAACCCUAUAAAUGUACAGAAUGUGGCAAAGUCUUUAGCUGGUAUUCAGCGUUUUCCAAACAUCAGAGAAUUCACACAGGACAGAAACCUUAUAAAUGUGGAGAUAAUCACAGUGCCUUCACAUCAUGUUCAAACCUUUAUAGCAUCAGAGGACUCAGCUAUAGAGAAGCCUUACAAACACAGAAUGUGGCAAAGCCUUUACCCAUUGCUCAAAUCUUACCAAAUAUAUGAGAAUGCAUACCUGAGAGAAGCUUUACAAAUGUGAAGAGUAUGACAAAGCCUUUAACCUUGCUAUAGCUGUACUAAAUAUUCGGAAAUUUAUAGAGAAUAGAAGCAAUCUAUAUAAUAAAAGCCUAAGCAACCUUUACAGCAGAACAUCCAGAAUGACUGGCUGCUAUGAUGCUCACUGACCACCACGGGGCAGAUGCUCAACAUAGGAGUUGCCCUCUGGUGGUCAGUGCACUCCUACAGGGGGAGCACUCCUCAGCCAGAAGCCAGGCUCAUGGC